GGCGAGGAGCGCCCGCACACCAGGCCGAUGGCGGAGGCUCCGGGCCACCCCAGCGUCGAGGAGCAGGAAGAGCUGCUGACGGACGAAGGCGCGGGGCCCGCCACGCAGUGGAGCCCCGAAGAUGAGGAGGAGGCUGCCCAGGGGCCAUGCCGGCAGGAGAGAGACGGGUACCUGCAGGCCCACGCCUGGGAUGGAGGCAGCCGGUCCCCGGAGCCCCCGGGGUCCCCGGAGCAGGAGAAGCUCCUGGAGGCCUCGGAGGGGCCUGGACUGGACGAGGACGAGGGGUUCAGCGACUGGUCCCAGAAGCCGGAGCUGCAGCCGCCCCCUCGGGGAGGGGGCCCGGACGGGGAGCAGGAGGAGGACAGGCCCUGCGGGGACCAGAGCGGUGACGAGCUGAGCCCUGCCGGAGUCUGCCUGGAGGAACUGCGUCUGAGCCCUGGUUCCGAGCUCCUGGGGGGGUCAGAGCCCGAGUGCACGGGGCCCGUGGGCCCCGAGGAGACCGGCCAGGGCAGCCCGGGCCUCGCAGAGGCGGGGGAGGCCGAGGAGCAGGUGAAGGAAUGUCAGCAGCCCAGGACACCUAGUACCUUGGUCUUGGAGGAGACCACGGAGCCGGGCUCGCCGCCCCUGAGCCCCAGCGCCAAACUCAUCGACAGAGCCGAGUCCCUGGCCCGCUCCAUCGAGAAGAGUAACAGCGUGAAGCGGUCCCAGCCUGUCCUGCCUGUCUCCAAGAUCGAUGAGCGGCUGGAGCAGUACACCCAGGCCGUCGAGACCGCCGGCCGGGCCCCCAAGCUGGUUCGCCAGCCCUCCAUCGAGCUGCCCAGCAUGACCGUGGCGAGCUCCAAGAGCCGGUGGGAGACGGGAGAGGUGCAGGCUCAGUCGGCUGCCAAGGGCCCCUCCUGCAAGGACAUCGUGGCUGGGGACAUGAGCAAGAAAAACUUCUGGGAGCAGAGAGGAGACACCAAGUCACCGCCGACAAUUAAGAGCACCCCGGCCGGGAAGAGGUACAAAUUCGUGGCCACCGGACAUGGGAAGUACGAGAAGGUGCCGAUGGACGAGGGCGCGGAGCCCUGAGCCCUCCCCCCGCGUCCUGAGGCCCAGCGCAGGCUGGCACCUCCCGCCACACGCCCUGUCCGUACGCCCGGGGGCGCCCGCCGGAUGCCCACCCCCGUCCUGCUGAGGAAGCCGCUGCCCGUCACCCGCCUGGCUGCCCACGCCCCUCCUACGGCUGCCGCCGCCCCCUCCGUCCCCCGCGCCCCUCACCCGCCGGCUCUGCCUCUCACCGCCGAUGCUUGGCUAAGGGGACCGUCGCCACGGAUGCCAAGUGCUGCUGAGGACGGUGCCGCCCACGCAGAGAGCAGGCACCUGCCGGGGGCCACCCCUGCCCGGAGCCACCGAGGCCUGUGCAGGACGCUCAGGCCGCGCCUGCCCGGCCCCGCCCCCUGCUUGCUGCCCCUCCGUUGUGCGCAAUAAAGCUCUUUCUGU